AUGCUGGCCUGUCUGCAGAGGACCCAGAACCCGCCGGGCCAACACCUGGCCUGCCCAAGCAAGAGCCUGGAACUGCGCAAGUGUGAGCCAGCAGCCACCUCCAUGCAGUCCUCCCGCUACCCGAGCCCGGCCGAGCUGGAUGCCUAUGCUGAGAAGGUGGCCAACAGCCCGCUCUCCAUCAAGAUCUUCCCCACCAACAUCCGGGUGCCCCAGCACAAGCACCUCAGCCGCACCGUCAACGGUUAUGACACCAGCGGCCAGCGCUACAGCCCCUACCCUCAGCACACCACCGGCUACCAGGGCCUGCUGGCCAUCGUCAAGGCCGCCGUCUCCUCCUCCAACGGGGCUGCACCCACUGGGCCUGUGAAGAGUGUGCUCAAGAGCGCCGAGGGCAAGCGGACCAAGCUGUCGCCGGCUGCUGUGCAGGUGGGCAUCGCGCCCUACCCGGCACCCAGCACUCUGGGGCCCUUGGCCUACCCCAAGCCACCUGAGGCACCUGCCCCACCGGCUGGCCUGCCCGCAGCUGCCACCACCGCCUCCGUCAUCCCCCUGCCCGGCCGUGGCCUGCCCCUACCACCUUCCAACCUGCCUUCCAUCCACAGCAUCCUCUACCAGCUCAACCAGCAGUGCCAGGCCCCUGGCGCUGCACCCGCUGCCUGCCAGGGUGUGGCCAUCCCCCACCCCAGCCCGGCCAAGCACGGCCCCAUGCCCAGCUUCCCCAGCAUGGCCUACUCGGCCACCGCUGGGCUGCCUGACUGCCGGAAAGGUGCAGAGCUGGGUCCUGGAACCACGCCAGCCUUGACGUUGGCCGGGGCCACCAAGCCUGCAGGGUACGUGGAUGGCGGCCUGGAUUACCUGCUGUGGCCGCAGAAGCCGCCCCCACCACCACCCCAGCCACUGCGUGCCUACAGUGGCGGCACGGUGGCCAGCAAGUCCCCCGAGGCGUGUGGGGGGCGGGCGUAUGAACGGGCCAGUGGGUCACCCCUCAACUGCGGCAUUGGGCUGCCCGCCAACUUCACCGUGGGCCAGUACUUUGCCACCCCCUGGAACAGCGUGCUGGUGACCCCCACCAGCGAUUGCUACAAUCCAACAGCGACAGUGGCGGUCACCGAGCUGGGGCCGGGGAUGGCCCGGGAGCUGGCGGGGCCCCCCACAGAUGCCCUCUCGGGCCUGCCCAGCAAGAGCAUGUGCAACACGUCGGUGCUGAGCAGCAGCCUGCAGUCGCUGGAGUAUCUCAUCAACGACAUCCGGCCACCCUGCAUCAAGGAGCAGAUGCUGGGCAAGGGCUACGAGACAGUGGCGGUGCCCCGGCUGCUUGACCACCAGCACGCCCACAUCCGCCUGCCCGUCUACAGAUAA